AAUGGUAGUCUACUUUGUUUUCCUGUUGAUGAUUUCCCCAGUGAUAGAUAGAGUCAAAGAACUGAGUUUUGAAAAGAAGACAAUCCAAUCCACUAUCAUUUAUUGAUGCCUUUGUGUGCCAAGACCAAAAUGCAAUAGAAGGUGUCUCUAUCUGCAAAGGGAGUACCUUUUUCAGGGAGGGGAAUAUAAGACACAACUAUCACAAAACUUAUUUUAGGCACAGUGCCAAGUGAGUGGUAUAAAUACUGGUGUUGUAUGGUUCAGUGAGUUCCAUUAGUGUUGUGUGGGAAAAAUCACUGAUUUGGGAUAGCUAGGGGAAACUUCCAGGAGGAGUUGAGACUUAGUUAAGAUCAUAUAGGAUGCAUGGUAAAUAUAUGUUAGAAAAGUGAGCAAAAUUGUAGAAUGGAGUACAUUGUACAACUGUGAUGGCCAAUGAAUAUCCUAGAAUGACAGUUGACCGUGUGGAAAAGAAUAGGAAAGAAAUUGGGUCAGAUUGGGGAAAGGUUUUUAGUGGUUUUUUUCAAAACAUAUUCUUUAGAAAUGUCCUGUUUCAGCAAGCAUGGGCCAAAAAUAUUCAGACUGGGAAAUCCUUCAUAGUUUUAUUGGCAUGAAGAAAGAUGCUGUAUUGGUGAGCCUCUGUCUUUAUAUAUAUUACAUCCAUGAGUACUGUUAACCUCAAUGUUUUCUGUAUAUUUCAGAUAGUUGUCUCUUACCAUGGGGGAUUGGAAUUUAUUGGGUGGUGUCCUAGAAGAAGUUCACUCCCAUUCAACCAUUGUGGGGAAAAUCUGGCUGACCAUCCUCUUCAUUUUCCGAAUGCUGAUUCUUGGUGUGGCUGCCGAAGAUGUCUGGGAUGAUGAACAGUCAGCAUUUGCCUGCAACACCCAGCAGCCAGGCUGCAACACCGUCUGUUAUGAUGAUGCUUUCCCUAUCUCUUUGAUCAGGUUCUGGGUUUUACAGAUCAUCUUUGUGUCUUCUCCCUCUCUGGUGUAUAUGGGCCAUGCACUUUAUAGACUCAGGGCCUUUGAAAAGGAGAGGCAGAGGAAAAAGUCACAGCUUAGAGCCCAGAUGGAGAAUCCAGAGCUUGAACUGGAGGAGCAACAAAGGCUAGAUAGAGAACUGAGGAAGUUAGAGGAACAGAAGAGGAUCCAAAAAGUCCCUCUGAAAGGAUGUCUGCUGCGUACUUAUGUUUUACACAUCUUGACCAGAUCUGUGCUGGAAGUGGGGUUCAUGAUAGGCCAAUAUCUUCUUUAUGGGUUUCAAAUGCACCCUCUUUACAAAUGCAUUCAACCUCCUUGCCCUAAUGCAGUGGAUUGCUUUGUAUCCAGGCCCACAGAGAAGACCAUUUUCAUGCUCUUUAUGCACAGCAUUGCAGCCAUCUCUUUGUUCCUCAGUGUACUGGAAAUAUUUCAUCUGGGGAUCAGGAAAAUCAUGAGGGCACUUUAUGACAAAUCCAGCAGCAAGGGCAUUGAGGAUGAAAGGGGACCUCCAUUCCAUUUGAAAAAAUAUUCAGUGGCCCAGCAGUGUAUGAUUUCCCCUCCCUUCCCUGAAAGAAUCUCUCUACUUCAAGCCAACAAUCAACAGCAGGUCAUCCAAGUCAAUGUGCCAAAGUCUAAAACCACAUGGCAACCCCCACAACCCAGGCAAUUUGAAGUAGACCCUUGCUUCAGUAAAAAAGACUGGGCUGAGAAGGAUCAGCACAGCGGACAGCUCCAUGUCCACAGCCCGUGUCCCUGGGAGGGUGGUGCUAGAAUUCAGCACUCAGGACAGCAACCAGACCAUUCGUCCCUUGGCUUGCAGAAUCCAACGUCCCAGUCCUGGCUAGGUACAACAAUGGCUUCUAGGCAUUGUCUGUCCCAUACAACAGGGCCCUGGGAGCGGCCCCAGGACCUGAAACCCUCAGGGGAGCCUCUCACAGACUUACACAGUCAUUGCAGAGACAGCAAUGGCAGCAGGAGAGAGAGCAGAGUCCAGACAGACAGAUCUUGCCUGGGCAAUCGCAAGGCCAGCUUUCUGUCAAGAUUGCUGUCUGAAAAGGGACAGCUGUACAGUGACUCAGGGAGCUCCAGUUCUCGAAAUAGCUCUUGUUUGGGCUUUCCACACAGAGAAGCCAGCCCCUCACUUCUGCCUUCAGCCUCUGGGCGUAGAACAUCAAUGAACAUGCUUCUAGAACUUUCAUCUAUAAUGAAAAAAUAAUCCUGGGAUCAGAAAAACCAGACUCAGGAGGAGCUGGCAUCUGCAAGAUAGAAGUUGUCUGUUUGUCAGCUUGGAUUGUAGGAGGAGCUGAGGGAACCACCCCCUCCAGAACCACGCCUCAGGUGGUGACUGGGUUCGAGGGCCCCAUGGUGGAGGGGGCCAGCCUCUCCCUGCCCUGCUGGCUGCACUGCCUGAGCUGGUCUGAUGCAGGGCGGCACUCUGCACCAUCAGAGAAAGUCUAGGAGCAAAAGCUGCUGUCAGAGGGAAGGAGGAGGGGGUGUGCUGCUUUCCCCACCAGCAAGCAGCCGGCUCUGCAGCAAGAGCAGUCUGGACCCUGGAACGUAUGUCCAGAUCAGGCUGAGAGCUCCGCCUGCAGCCUGAGUUCAGCAUGCUUCCUGUCUACACCAGGGAGGUUGGAGGGAUGUUUUUUUGUUUUCUUCCUAUCAUCAGCUCAUUUCUUGGGGAUGCAGCAGCUGGGUGUUCGUUCCUAGACGCCAUGGCAUAAAAUGUUGAUUACAGCACUGACAAAUAGUCGCAUCGCCUGACUUUCUCCUUCCGCGGGGCUCCUGCGUCAUCAGUGGUGAGGCCGUGACUGGGACAGCAGGUC